AUUUCCAAAUGUGUAUAUUUUUAUAUAACAUCACAAAAUAUGACUAUGUCUAUGGCCGUCACAUGGACAGUGAUUUUACGAGAAAAAGUCGCCAUUUUCACUCAAACUGAGUAAUAGUAUGACAUACAAUGCAUUAGAAUACUCACGAGUGAAAAAUGAGACAUAAUUAACAGCUUAAGCCUUUAGGGCAAGCGUUUAAAAGAUUGUGAAUGUUCAUUAUUGGAUAUAAGACACAGACACCUAUCGAUGUUUAUUUCCUUUACUUUAAAUAUCUGAGUGUUUUGGCAAAAUAUGAUUUAAGGGGCAUAAGAGAACUGACAAGCGAAAACAUGGUACCCUGGUGAUGGCUUGAGGUCAAGAAGGAGCAAGUCAGUGAUUGGUCACACACAGUGACGUUAAAAUAAGCACGAGCACGGAGUGGAGGAAAACGUCUAAGCCCCCUUUCAAGUGGCUCCAUGUGAAAGUAUGCCAGCCACGCCAACCAUGGAGAGCGAAUUCAGUGAUAUAGCGCUGACAGAAACGGACCAGCAGAAUGGCACCGGUCGCAUCCACACUUCGGGAACUUCCGGCCCAUGGACGCAGUCGGGUAGCUACUCCAAGAAGGUCAAGGCCGCUAACACGUUGUCGGACAUUACGUUCACUAAAGUAACGUCUACCAAAACUGUACUACUCUAUGGAUUAGCUGGUGCAAUAAUAUUUGUAGUGGGAGUAGGAUUAGGUAUUGUGAUAGGGCAUUUCGGAAUAAAGAAGGAUGACUCAUCAAAAACACCAUACAAUGAAGCUAGCAUAGCAGAGCGGCUCACCUCUAGUUCUUAUCCCGGGCCUUUUAUGACAACGGAAGCACCGUGUGCGUGUCCGAGAGAUAGCACCACGGGUGCCUUGCCCCCGACCACGCCUCCGCAGUGUAGACAGUGUACAGUGAUUAACCCGGACCAAUCUGUCGGGAACGAGGCUGCCUCCUCACCGUUUUCCGUGCUUACUGAAUAUGAACUUAUCUUAGCCAUCCGCAUAUUGAAAGAGCGAAAUUAUAUAAGUCCGACGGGAAACGGACUGGAACUAAACCGUGCAGCUAGUGUAGAAAUGUUUCCGGUUGACAAAGCGCUUGUCUUGGAUUAUCUGGAUAAUAACGGUGCAUUUCCAGGACGUUUUGCAAAGGUGAUGGUGGUCCGUGGAAGUCUAGGGGAUAUAAUGGAAUACAAGGUGGGGCCGUUACACGUACCGGAAGAUCAGAUCAAUGUGAAGGCUCUUACCAAUGAGGGGGAGAUAUCUUUUAACGCACGUCCGUACGACCCGGCUGAGUAUUACAACUUAGUGCAAGUUAUGAAUCCUCAUACAAGUGCCAUGGAUAAAGUUCUGAGUGAAAGUUUCGAUGGGGCGUCAUUUAAAAACAGGAAUAUCAACCCCAACUUUUAUCCUCGGCCCUCCGUCGACCCAAAUGACCGGACGUCCGGUGUGUAUUUAUAUUUAUCCGGGAUGGGUUAUCCGACCUUGACCAUGGUUCCGGUCAGUUGCGUUUUGCAUCACCCUGGGGCGGAUUCCAGCACGUGGUUUGCCUCUGACUUCUACUAUCUAGGUCAAGGGCCGUUUGCUAGCGGAAUAGAGCUACAGGCCGCUUACGAUCGGGGGGAACUGAGGAAGAUCAGAUUUCCGGAGGGUUACCGUGCAGCUACGGGAAACAAGUUUACAUUGAAACUCAACGAUUCACUUCCACCCCGACCUCUCGCGGACAUACCACCUCCAAGGUCAUAUGAGACGGAGGGACCAAGGUUUGUCAUAAAAGGUCAUCGCAUUUCAUGGUUGGGCUGGGAGUUUGAGUAUAGUUCAAGUAGACUGAUGGGACCGCGCAUAUUCGACGUUAAGUUUCAAGGCACACGAAUCGCGUACGAAAUUUCGCUACAAGACAUAACUCUUAUAUAUUCAUCACAAAACAACGGCGCUGGGCCCCCGGCACUCAGUGACACCGUGUUCUCUCUGGGAUCUUACAGCUCCCCGAGGUAUGGAAUCGACUGUCCGGACAGGGGGAAAACCAUCUCUGUAGCUAUGUACUCUUUCGCAAACAUAAAAACAUCUCAGUCAGCUUGUGUGUUCGAGGCAGACGGACAGGAACCACUUUGGCGUCACAGUCGCUCCGGGCUCGCCGACCAUUACCUCGUGGUUCGGGCCGCUAUGAACCUUGGUAACUAUGACUACACGCUCGAGUGGCGCUUCCAUCUCGAUGGAUCCUUAGAGACGCUUCUAACAGCUUCCGGAUACCUGUACGGAGCAUUCUGGGAUGUUGGAGAUCCCAGUGUUAGCUUGCAUCCCGACGAACCAAGUGUUACGCCGUUUGGCUACAGAAUUUCAGACUAUUUGAUCGGCCCUAUUCAUGACCACACAUAUGCUUUCAAAGUCGACCUAGAUAUAUUGGGUACAAACAACAGUUUUGAAAUGAUCCAUUGGAAGUCAGGGACAACUCUUGACGCAUUUCAAAGUCGGUACAACAUAUCAGAAAAACCUGGAUUUUUCUUUUUCAACCACACACGCUUUAUAUCACCAGAAUUUCUUGAAAACGAACAAGGCUUUGUGAGCGAUCCAUUAAAACCUAAAUAUUUCACGGUGGUAAAUGAAAAUGAACGUAACGUGUGGGGAAACCGACGUGGGUACCGAGUGAUUCCCUACUCCAACAUGGCGGAGAAUCUCUCGCCUGAUCACGUAAUGAUGGAUGCGUGGGGACAUAUGCGUCACCAGCUAGCAGUCACGCGCCGGAAGGAGAGCGAGCAGCACGCGACCGCUUCGUGGUAUGACCUCCAAUAUCCGGUCCGACCUGUAGGUGGGAUCGGUAAUAUCCUUGACAACGAGACAAUCCGGAACACGGACCUAGUACUAUGGGUAAACGAGAAGUUUCUGCACGCGCCCACCUCCGAGGACCUCCCAAUGACAAUCAACGUCCGCAGCGGCUUCAAGUUGAAGCCAUAUAACUACUUUGACAGGACGCCGGUGUUUGACGUGCCCUCGCAUUAUUCGAAAUAUAUUGACGCCUACGUGUUCGAAGAACCGUGCUAUGAACCUGUGCCUUGAUAAUAACAUGGACCUACUAAACAAUGAAACUAUGUUCUUAAAUUUGUCAUGUGUGCGUUAUUUGUACGAACUUGUACAAACGUUGCUGUGAACGGAGAUGUUUGUCAAUCAGAAGUCGUGUAAAUAUGCAAUGACAAUGAACAGUAUUGGAAACAUUCAAAGGCCGUUCAAUUCCUGCUAGUCGUUACUUGUUGUUAUUUGAAUGAGGGCACAGCCCCCAUGAGUGUAUUUAGUCAACGGAGAAUUCUCGUCCACCACUAACACGUGUGUUCAAAUAUCAAGGUGCAUAAUCCAGUGUUUUUUCAAUAUGCUAUUUUGUAUUAUUCUCAGUCUCGGCUGUUGGCAAUACUGAAAUGUAAGAGACUGGCUGUGAGCAAUGCAUAUCAGAAUAUAAAUCUACAAUGUAUUCUGUAUAUUUUAAUCUCAUUAUGACCUUUAUUUUUAUGGUUUCUUUAUCCUCUGGUAAAAUGUAAUAUUUUCUUGUUUACGCACAUGAAAUUAGUUUUGAAUAGAAUGAUUUUUUAUUUAUUUUUAUUACAUUUUGAAUAAAAAUCAUGAAAUGACAGUUUUGAUCAUAGUCUGCACAUCGUUGUGAUGUCGUUUAGAAUUUCUGAUUCAGAACAAAUAUGUUUUAAACAGUGAUAAAGAAACAAAAAAACAACAACAGCGAAUAUUGAUAACAUAACGUUUACAAGCAGAUAAAACCCAUU